UUCGCGUGUACGCUCUCUUUUUUGGGGGUUCCGUUAAAAUCCGAAACUUGCUCCAGAAGAACUUUUUCGAACCUCGUCGACGUCGAAAACACGGUGUUUUUCGGUGUUCAGGAUUUCAACUAGUGGCUCUAUAAAGUCCCCAAUUCUUCAAAUAGAUCCACAGAAUAGAAAAGAAGACGUAGGAGAUGAUAAAGGUCUUUUUAGAGGAUAAAAACUAUUUACUUUAGAAAUCUGGAAAUUCUGACAAAAUUGCUCUAAAGAGACAUCUCCAACUUCUGAAGACUGUGUGUGAUGGAUGCUUCUCACCAGCUCAGGAAAGCCCAACUGUAACAAGAAAUUUAACAGUAGAAUCUAGAAAAACAAUUCUACAGUCUGUUGAUAAUUACCUGUCAAUGCAACAACUAAAUAUGAAGAACAAACAAAUUUCGAUAGAACCUGAAAACUUUGGGGAUUGAGUGGUCUCUAUCUGUUGAUCUCUGGAUUGGGAAGUGUAUACCUAAAAUUUAUAACAAGUUAUCAUUAAAAACAUUAUAACAAUCGAUUCCAGAGAGUAUUGUAGCUACCAAGUUGUCAUCUCGAAUCUAGAAGUUCGCAAAGGUUGAAGCGUAUCGGUGUAGCUCUAUUUGUUGAUGUCUGUCGCGUGACAAGAGCAUUCUGCUAGUCGCUAGAAAGAGGAAACAAUAGAAACACGAUAGAUGAUUCACAGGUGACUUGUUGAUCGCUGCCAAAAAUAUCGAAUCCCGAGGUUUGCCAAAAGGUGACGUAGCAGAGGAAUGUUAACGCGCAGCAGUAAUUAGUCAAUCAUCAGAGGGCGGAUCGGGAUCUAGAGAUCUAGCCUUCAGAGACGAGAGAAGAGCUCGUACGAUCGCGGUUUGGGACGAUUCAUUUGAUCGAGUCGACCUAGUGGAUGAAAAUGUGCAAUCGGCUGAGAGUACACUGCGAAGCGUUUUUGUACUCCAGUAAUGCCGCGUCCGUGACUUAAUCAAUCCAACGAUCGAGGAACUUGGUGCACCCUCUGCUAGGGGAUCGUCGGUAGGGGCUAAGAAGGAUCUUCGAUCCAGAUUUCAUGCCGGCUUUCGUCCUGAACAGAACUUAUUUCGUCUGCAAUGAUGAGUAUCCUAUGUAUGGUCGCUACACGAAGGACCUGGGUGAGUUCGCAAAAGAAGAGGCACGGAAGCUCAAAUACUACGAGAAAGCGCGACGGAAGUAUGACAAGACUACGGCGGAAGGUCUCGGAAAGUCGAGCAGAGGACCUUUGUGCCGGAAGUUGCUGGCGCUGCUGGCCUUCGCUUGGAAACACACCGGUGCCAGACUGGGCGAGGACUGGGUCUUCCUUGCUCUGCUCGGUGUCAUUAUGGCGCUGAUCAGCUACGCCAUGGACCGCGGCAUCUCCAUGUGCAACAACGCUAGGAUAUGGCUUUAUCAGGACCUCACGCAUCAUCCAGCGCUUCAGUACGUAGCGUGGGUGACACUGCCAGUCUGCCUCAUCCUCUUCAGCGCCGGAUUUGUGCACAUCGUUGCACCCCAGAGCAUAGGAUCCGGGAUUCCAGAGAUGAAGACUAUCCUGCGUGGCGUGGCCUUGAAGGAGUACCUCACUUUCCGCACACUAGUUGCUAAGGUGAUAGGUUUGACCGCGACUCUGGGCUCCGGGCUUCCCUUGGGCAAGGAGGGUCCGUUCGUGCACAUUGCCAGUAUAGUGGCUACCCUGCUCUCGAAGUUGGUCACCAGCUUCCAAGGGAUCUACGAGAACGAGAGCAGAAACUGCGAAAUGCUGGCCGCGGCGUGCGCGGUUGGGGUCGCUGCCUGCUUCGCAGCACCCAUUGGCGGGGUCCUCUUCAGCAUAGAGGUCACCACCGUCUACUUCGCUGUUCGAAACUACUGGCGCGGAUUCUUCGCUGCCGUCUGCGGCGCCACAAUGUUCCGAUUGCUGGCCAUCUGGUUCCAGAGGGAGGAGACCAUCACCGCCAUGUUUGCCACGAAUUUUACCAUGGACUUCCCCUUCGAUCCCCAAGAGCUGUUCGUCUUCGCUCUGAUCGGUGUAGGUAGCGGCUUGGGCGGCGCUUUCUAUGUCUGGUUGCACAGGCAGUACGUCAUUUUUAUGAGGAAGAACAAGAGCAUGAACAGCUUUCUGCAGAAAAAUCGUUUUUUAUAUCCCGGUAUCGUUUCCCUGCUGGUGUCGUCCGUGUCGUUCCCUCUGGGACUGGGUCAGUUCAUGGCUGGUGACUUGAACACGCAUGAUCAAGUGUACGGCCUGUUUACCAAUUUCACUUGGACCAAACAGCACCUUGGCGUCGAAGAAAUAAAUACGGUGAAACACUGGUCGACCACGUACACCGAUGUGUUCACCGGACUUUUAGGUUUCGUCGCGUUCACGUUCAUCUUUUCCAUUAUAAGCUCGACCGUUCCCGUGCCAUCGGGAAUUUUCAUCCCCGUCUUCAAAAUCGGCGCUGCGCUGGGUAGAGCGGUGGGUGAAGCCAUGGCCCUAUGGUUUCCUAACGGCGUUCGCUAUGGUGGCGUCAUAACUCCUAUUGUACCAGGAGGUUAUGCCACCGUCGGAGCAGCCGCGUUUUCCGGCGCAGUGACUCACACAAUCUCCGUCAGCGUCAUAGUCUUCGAGAUGACUGGUCAAAUCACUCACAUUGUUCCUAUCAUGAUAGCCGUACUGAUCAGCAACGCGGUCGCCGCUCUCCUUCAGCCUAGCAUAUACGAUAGCAUCAUUCUCAUCAAAAAGCUGCCAUACUUGCCGGACCUGCUGCCCUCCAGUUCAGGGAUGUACAACGUGUACGUGGAAGAUUUUAUGGUUCGUGACGUUAAGUACAUUUGGCACGGUAUCACGUACCAGAGGUUGAAGGAAAUCUUGAAGGAAAAUCGAAAACUACGGGGUUUUCCGCUGGUUGACAAUCCGGAUUCGAUGAUUCUGCUUGGAUCUAUUCAGAGGCUGGAACUGAUCAAGCUGAUCGAGAAACACAUAGGACGCGAAAGAAGACUGCAGGUGGCACAGAAGUGGCACAAAGAGGCGGAAGAAAGAGCUCGUGAAGAAAUGGAGCGACAGCUGAGGGAUCAGGAGAGGACAAGAAGACCGUCCAGGUUCGAGGUGAUCCCAGCACCGGACAUUCUUAAAAUGCAGAGGCAAAGCGUUAACGAUCUAACGAUGUCUUCAAACAAUGGCGCCGGCCUCGAUCACCAUACCUACCACUCACCGAUAUUCGGAUCCCAACCGAAGAAAUCGAUCCUGAAAAAGACUAAUUCCUUCACUCUGAAAGGCUUCAGCCCCCUAGUCAGUCCAGCUGUUACACCCUACACAACGGUCACUGGAGCGGAGAGUAGGAUACGCUUGGCAUUCGAAGCGAUCUUUCGGAAGUCCGCCACCUUGCAGGACGUAGAUCCUGAUCCGGAACUGGGAUCUGUCGUCAGUGCAAGACCUGACAGUCAGGAUGGCAUGAACGUAGCGCCUCACACGCCCAUGCUGGCUCCGAGUCCAGCCACAUCGAAGAAAGUGCAACUGCCCCGAGAGAGAGUGAUAGACAUGUCUGCAGAAGAUCAGAAGCGAUGGGAGGAGAGCGAAAUGGCGUUGGAGGUCGACUUCUCCAGGUGUCACAUCGACCCAGCACCUUUCCAACUAGUCGAAAGGACGUCUUUGCUGAAGGUUCACAGUCUGUUCAGUAUGGUUGGAGUAAAUCAUGCUUACGUGACGGCUAUAGGAAGGCUGGUCGGAGUUGUUGCGUUGAAAGAGCUGAGGAAAUCGAUAGAGGACGCGAACGCCGGGAUCUUGCCCAUGCACCAGGAGUCCCACAUCGGUGUGUCGAGCUCCAGCCUGGCGAAAAGCGAGACGGACACGGAAAGCAAAAACGUCAGCACGAUGAACUCCAUCGAUUCCGUCGACUGUGAGAAAGUGGAAAAAGUUUGAAGGGUGAAGCAGUCGGAGGGGGAAGUGAGACGGUGAUAAGUAGAAGCAAUAAUGUGAUAGUCGCGUUGCAGAGUACGCGACGUGACCCGAACGAUGCGAGAGACGUGUCUUCGAUUAAAUAUUUCCUUACGAUCCGCAACCGUGAACACUCCUGGGGAAACUCGACGGCCAGAGUCAGGAGUAUUUUAUUUUACCAACGGCGAAUACGAAUUUCACGUUCGUUGAUAAACCAAAUUCAGGCUAGUUACAUUCGUUGGUAAAUCAGAGUUCAUCAAACCGACGCUAUAAAAACUAGAGAAUUUUGUGAACGAAAGAACGAAUCGAAAAUUUUUAUUCGUUAUUCGUGAAUAAAAUUCGACUCUGGGUCCACGGAUAGAGCCGCUUGCGCGUAGCAACGAUCGCUUUCGAACGCUCCUCUCGUACUUAACUGGAGACAAACUAUACGUCGCGUUUAAAAGCUACACUUUGGACGGAACGUGCCACCCUGUAUAAGUGACGCGUUACUCGCAGUAGAAUUUGGAUACUUUCGGAGCCCAGGUUGUCAGGUUGACACUGUUCGAACUUUCGGUGCUCCUCGGAUUCUGGAAGCUUUUAUUUAUCGCUCUGAAUACUUCUUGACUCCACGUUAACUGCCUCUAGGGAUUUUCACUAUUGCGUCUUGUUAACUUUGGUCCAGUUUAAUUUGCUGCAAGACAAUUCCGACAAAAGUUGGUUAUCGAAAACUGGGAGUUAAUGGAGUAGAAAAGGACAGCUAGUAAAAGAGAAAGGUGGUGUUUCAGUGGUAGGGAUGAGCACCAAUCAUAUACGCGGUAGAUCGGUUCAGUCAUAUAUCGAACGUUCACUUAAACAGAGUCUCAGAUGCGUGUAGACUUAAUCAACCAUUGGAGAGCAUUGACUAAAUCGAUAGGAAAUGGAAGAAUCUUCGAGGAAAUUCGACUUGGAAGAUAAAGAGAUUCUUAAUUCGAAGGUACUACAGUUGAAAGAUUGACGACGAUUACCUUUAGGAAAAUACACGAACGAGUUGGAAAUUCGAGAAGGCUUGAACAGUGUCAACAAAGGGUGUUCACGGAGUUCGUACGCGACAAAGGAAGUUUUCUGAACCGAGGAUUUUCAUUAGGGUGUAAUCUUUCAUUUUUCCUUAGACGAAUCUUUCCAAACGCGGACGACGAUCCUUCUUCUCUCGUUGUAUUCUCCUUAGCGUAAUAGAUAUAUUAUAAUAGUGUUGUACUAGGUGCGUGUACGAGCGAAUUGUUCGCGAUAUUAGUGCUCAAAAGAUAGUCCGCGAUGGCGCACAGAGUGACAAAUUAACCGUGUUCACAAUCGUAGAACUCUCUAUGGAAAAGAGAUUUCUUCUUAAUCUUUCUAUCAAGAGUUUCGCGAUUUUAUCGCUAAAUUAGUUAAUAUGUCCGACUGUGACAAUGCGUUGAAGGUUAGACAUUAGAAAGAACGGUGGUGCUCCGUCGACGAGGAUCACGAAGGUGAUUAAUAAUGUAUUAAGUUCUAGGAAGUACGAUAAAUUCAGCCGCGUGACAAAGGUUUACGACGCGGAAGAUAAAGAAUUGGAAACUCACGCUGCUAAAUGCUCCUAUAGUAUAUAACUAUUUGACCAUGGUUGUGCCAACCUAUUUAUUCUAAUCGUUAAUCGUUAGCUGUAAGCGCACGAAAGUCACGUAGGUCUAUUGUUACGAGCUACGUAUGAGAUUUGCCAAAAUUCGUUAUAGACGGUUCCACGAAUGUUUAAAAUAUAAUAAUGGGAAGCACGGUUGCUCCAUGACGCGCCUCGAGCAAUCUUUUCACAGAUAAUUUAAUCGACGAGGUGAUAUCGCGUUCUAAUAGAAGGUUCAGCCGUAAUUUAAACGUCUUAAUUAAUCGUUAACUAGGACCAGAGCGAAGGACCGACCACUAUCGGUCGCGGACACGGAUAUUAAUUUAAGGCAAACAGUUCGUAGGGCAUUGUACAUUCCAUCCGACAAAUACUUUCACGAUGCAUCCCAUUUUGUUGUAAAUUUAUUGCGUUACACGACAUCGAAGCUUUAUGCGACACUAAUCGCUAAAUAUAAGUAUACUAUACAAUCGGAGAUGACAUUAAAUAAUUUAUUAUGUUAUUUACAUAUUGUGCUGACGGUGACUAUGAACGUCGUAUGGGUACUCGUUCCUCCUCUUGUGUUUUUCAAUUAACCAUUAGACUGCGGAUGUUUAUGCAUUCAUGGGAAAUUUUAAUUCUCAGAAAACAGAACAGAACUCAGAAUGCACUUAAUAUGCAAAAAUGUAAGAAAUACUUGAAGUAAGAUACGAAUUAUUAUA